CGAUCUGGUGCCAGUCCGAAUGAGAGUCUUAUCUGUAUCACAGGAGCAAAGCAGAAAGUGAAAAUGCUCUGAGGAAACGCUGCUAGAGCUGGAGGAAUGAUCUGAGGAGUGGGACAGCAGCAUCCCAGACGCCUUUAAAAUGUCAGAGAGGAUCUUUUAGUGUCCAGAAAACACACCAGAGAGUGGCCAGCUGGGUUCCUUGUUGUCUGCCAGCUUUGAUCUGUGGUUUACCCAUGCCUCCAUCCUCCCUCGAUGACAGAUUUGUGGUGCCGCUCCAAUUUUAUCUGGACACAACCUACCUGGAAGCCACCGUGGGCACCAUUGUGGUGGAGAUCCAGGUGACCAACCUUAUUUAUAUGCCCUCAUCCAGCAGCUCUACCCGUUCCCUUACUUGUGGAUGCAACACUGCCAGCUGUUGCACGGUGAGCACCUACGAAAAAGACAGCCAGACACAGACCCUGACCCAAACACAGAGCCAGGUCAGUACCAGUAGCCCCAACUUGAAUUCCGGAGUGAACUAUGGUGGGCAAGGAGGUUUCUCCAGGCCGACGGUGGGCCAGAGUGAAACCUACAGUGCACCCAGUCUCACUUCCACCCCACCCAGAGGUGGUGUGCGCAUCAUCCACCAGAACGAGCUGGCUCAGAAGAUGACACAUUACCUCACAGGUCAUCCAGUAGGACCUAUGCCGAUGAUAAUAGACUGUAGGCCCUUUAUGGACUACAACAAGAGCCAUAUCCGUGGUGCUGUGCAUAUUAACUGCUCAGACAAGAUCAGCCGCCGACGUCUGCAGCAGGGCAAGAUCACUGUGCUGGAUCUCAUUUCCUCCUACCUGAGCAGAGACUCCUUCAGGGGGAUUUUUUCAAAAGAGAUCAUUAUUUAUGAUGAGAGGACACAGGACCCAGCGCGACUGUCAUCCUCUCAACCUCUGAGUAUAGUUCUGGAGUCUCUACACAGGGAUGGGAGGGACCCAAUGGUUCUCCAAGGUGGCAUUUCCAGUUUCAGACAGGCCUAUGAGGACUUAUGUGAGGACUCCCUACAACUUCAGGAGGGUCACGAUGGUGGUGCAGCUGUUGCUCUUUCUGGGGCACUACCUCACACGCUGCCCUCCAGCCCUGACAUUGAGAAUGCUGAGCUAACAACUAUUCUGCCCUUCUUGUACCUGGGUAAUGAGCAUGAUGCACAGGACCUUGACCAAAUGCAAAGGUUGAACAUUGGAUACAUUCUCAAUGUUACCACACACCUCCCACUAUACCUCUAUGACCUUGGGAUGUUCAAGUAUAAACGCUUACCUGCCACCGACAGCAACAAGCAGAACCUACGUCAGUACUUUGAAGAAGCGUUUGAAUUUAUAGAAGAAGCUCACCAGGCAGGCAAGGGACUGCUCAUUCACUGUCAGGCAGGCGUGUCCCGGUCUGCCACUAUUGUCAUUGCGUACCUGAUGAAACACACUUGGAUGACCAUGACAGAUGCCUACAAGUUCGUCAAGAUGCGAAGGCCAAUCAUCUCGCCCAACCUCACCUUCAUGGGCCAGCUCCUUGAGUUUGAAGAAGAUCUCAAUAACGGAAUCACUCCUCGCAUACUCACACCCAAGCUGAUCGGAGUAGAGACCGUUGUAUAGAUUUGAUUGACUUAAGCUUUACGAGCACAUUCUCCUCUUUUUCUUUUUUUUUUUUCUUCACCGGAAGAGUGUCUGUGAAUGGGAUGCAUGGCUCAAAGUCUCAAGUUAUGUUUUGUUUUUUAAUUUUUUUUUAUUUAGCAUGGAUUUUGGAAAAUGCAUGACUUCUUUGUUUCCUAAAGAUGCCCGUUUGGUGUGUUAGUUGUUCUUGUACUAUUUUUAUAGCACCACGAUGACAUUGACCGUGAUGAGCCUGAAGUGGCUUCACUGUGCAACACUAUGAGUGAACUGCAAGUGGUGGUUCAUCUGGAUCCCAGCAGUAGGUGAUGGUGAACACCUUCACAGGUCUCUUUGUUUAAGAUAUUUUUUAUUUAUUUAUUUUUUAAUUAUUAUAUUACUAAUAUGUUCAGCUUAAUGUAAAGCCAGUGUUCUUGGCAUGAACCUUUUAUUAGAUAUAUUUUUAUUUUUUAACAAUAUGGAAGGUUUCUCUCUGUAUAUCAUACCAAAUAAUUGAACUUUGAUUAGAACUCAAAGGCUGUGUGUAUGUGUUUGUGUCAGGAACUUCAUUUCUGCUGUGGUUAUUCCUGCUGCCAGAAAUAUGUCCAAAUAAGAAAUCUAUGCUGCAUGAACACCCAAGAAAUGACGAUUAUUAUUCAGUAUAAUCCUCUUUAAUUGUUAUAUGAUAUUUAUCAUAUACUGUGGAUUUGAAUUACACUGUCAACUUACACUGCUCUUAAUAUCAUUCUCUUUUUUUCUUUCCCACUUGUGUGUGAAUGUAAGAGAACAACCAGAAGGUUACCGUCUGCUUUUAAAUAAUGAUCUGUUUUAGAAGCUGAACUGCUCCGACCUCUAAUUGGGUUUGUAGGUAAAUGUCGCUAACUGGUUAAUCAAAAAAUUAAUUAAUUAUUAUUAUUAUUUAAAAAAAAAAAAAACAUUAAAUAAGUCUAGCAAAGUUUCUUUGGAAAAAUAACACCCUGGAGUUAAUUGGAGUUAUAACGGCUCUAUUUUCUCUAUAAUUUUCUCUAUAGCAGCUUUACUUUCUCUACAGUAUUGUAUUGUUAUUCAACCUUAAGGGAAAUUGUUUUAAACCCUGGUUUACAUUCAUACACUCAUUUACAAUUUUUUUUUUUUUUUACAUUUUUCUUUAUCCAAACGACACCUUUAAAUAAUUUCAGAAUUCAAAUUUGUCUGCUAUUUUUUUUUUCACAGCUUUGCCUAUAGUUAUCGCUUGACUACAUACUGUAUCCAGCAGGUUUCUACCAAGUUAAAGUCGUUUGUAUUUCUCAACACUGUGGCAUUUUUUUAAAAACAAAGUUACACCUGCAAGCAGUACAACAGACUUAGAAAUACAACCAUAAAAUACAGGAAAUAGAUGCUUCAAAAAGACCCCCAUGUAAGGUGACGUUUGGAUUUGAGACGCUGUACUGUUAUAUAUUAUGCUAUAUUGUAGGGCUAGAUCAGAUAGAGGAGUGUAUAAUGCAUUUUUUUUUUUAAUUCUUAUUCAAAAUAUGUAAUGCAAGAUCUUUUUGAAAUGUAUUUUGUUUCUGCUUUUCUUUUUUCUUUUCAUUUUUUUCCUUUCUCUUUUUACCGGUGUUGUACUUGAAACCUGGUCCUUUAAGAAACUACUCUAAAAUGAUUGCCUACUCAGUAUAGUAUACCUACAAUGUAUACUAUAAGGAUGUAUAAAGUAUAUACAGUAUAAUAUACCCUUAUGUAUUAUACGUUGUUCUUUCAGCUGUUACCUGUUCAGGUAAUCGCCAUAGCGGUUCAUCCGGUUUACAGCAGAUGCCCUUAUACAUAUAUCUAAAUUCAAAUUUAUUUGUAUCGCACUUUUAACAACUGACAUUGUCUCAAAGCAGCUUUAAAUAUAAAUAUAAAUAUAUAUAUAUAUAAAAUCUCCUUUUUUUUUUUUUUUUAUCCAUUCUAUUCAUUUUUCAGGAAAUGAUGUGUAUACUGUUACUUCUUUAAAUAAAUAUUUAUAUGGAGUGUUUUAUGUGGGUUUGCUGUUUUAUAUACAGCGUUAGAAGAUUUUAUUUGUGCCUGUUAUCAGCUCAUUGUGUCCCUUUCUGUCUGUGCAUUACAUCAUUCACAUCUGUUCUGGUACCUGCUCAGAAAAAAAAAAAAGGUGCUAUAUUAACGGAGGCCUUCGAAACCUUAUCUGUGAUAUGCUCUGGUACCUUAUUUUCUU